CCUUCUGAACUCUCCCUUGUUUGUGAUGAAAAAUUAGCUGUAUUUUGUAUGAUUAAUUCCUCUCUAUAUAAUGUCUUCAUUUCUCUGACUACUUAUAAGAUGUUCUUUAUAUCUUUGCUAUUCAAGAGUUUUAUUACAAUGUACUCAGCAUUGAUUUUCUUUGUGUUUAAUGCGUUUCAGGUUCACUGAGUUACUGAGAUUUGGAGGUUGAUUGGGAAUUAUUUUAGCCACUGUUUCACCAAUAGUUUUUCUGCCCCUUUCUCUCCCUCUUUUCCUUCUUUGACUCCAGUUACAUGUAUUUUAGACCACUUGAUGUUGUCCAAAAGUCACUGAAGCUCCAGUUUUCUUUUCACUUUUUUUCUUCCAAACUUCAGAUCACAUAAUUUCGAUUCUUCUAUCAUUAAGUUCACUGGCCAUUUCUUUCGCAGUCUCAAACUUGAUCUUAAGCCCCUCUGGUGAAUUUUAAAUUUCACAUAUUGUAAUUUUCAGUUAUAUAAUUUCCAUUUAGUUUAUUUUAUGAUUCUUAUUUCCCAUCAAAUACUUGCGAUUCCCCAUCCCUUGACUCAUUGUGUUCAUCUUUUAUUUAAUGUUAUUGAUUAUAUUUGUAAGAACUGUCUUAAAUACUUGUCUGUUUCUUUUGCCCAAUUCUUUUUUCUCAAUUAAGGGUCAGAUUUUCCCACUUCUUUGUAUGUCUAGUAAAUUUUUAUUGUAUCUUGGGCCUUGUGAAUGUUAAGAUGUAGGGAAUGUGGGUUAUUUUUUUCUUCAUUUGAAGUGUGUUGAAUUUUGUUCUGGCAGGCAAUUUAUUUACUAGGAGAGCGCCUUGAUCUUCUCAGGCCUGGUUUUAUUGUUUUUUAAGGUGGCUCUGUACUGGUUUUACACUUAAUUCUAGGUCAUAGCCUUUACUCUAGUGCAGGUAUUGGCAAACUACAGCCUGUGGGCUCUCCCUCUGUUUUUGUAAAUGAAGUUAUAUUGGAACACAUCUGUGCUUAUUUAUUUCUGCAUUGUCUAUGGCUGCUUUUGAGCUACAAUGGGGGACUUAAGUAUUGCAGGAGAGACCAGAUGGUUCACAAAACCAGAAGUAUUUACUGUCUGGCCCUUUAUGAAAACAUUUGUUGACACUUGCUCUUGGCAUGGCCCUUAUUCCUAAGGUGUACAAAUUCUAGAGUUUCAGAUGAGUGUCCAAUAUGGUUAUCAAGUUUUCUCCUCUCUGGCUGGCCUGGAGCUCUAAUGACUCCCAUUAAAGUGACCUCUAUGAUUAUGUCUCAGCUUUUAGUGACUGUUCUCUGGUAGGUACACUCCAGCCCUAACCUCAGGACCUAUGGAGAAACUCCAUGUGGACUUCUGGAGCCUCUGUUUUCUCUGAUUCUCAGGCCUGUGAAUUCUAGCUGUUUCAGCUGACCCAAACACUCGUCUCGGAUGCUCAGCUCAGUGAGACCACUGUGCUCUGCUUGGAUGCUAUGUCCUGGUGCCAUAGUCUGGAGAGUGUCCUGAAGAAUGAAGUCAAGCUCUUCUUGGAUCCCUCGUGGAAAUUACAUAGAGUCAAAUCGUGAUGACUGCACGGUAUCUUUGAUUUAUGCUGUGCACCUUAAGAAGUCGGGUUAUGUCUUCUUUGAGUACCAGUAUGUCGACAACAACAUCUUCUUUGAGUUCUUUAUUCAAAAUGAUCAGUGCCAGGAGAUGGACACUGCCGCUGACAAGUGGGUAAAACUCACUGACAAUGGAGAAUGGGGCUCUCACUCUGUAAUGUUGAAAGCCGGCACAAACAUACUAUACUGGAGAACUACCGGCAUCCUUAUGGGUUCUAAGGCCGUCAAGCCAGUGUUGGUAAAAAAUAUCACAAUUGAAGGGGUGGCAUACACAUCAGAGUGCUUUCCAUGCAAACCAGGCACCUUCAGCAACAAACCAGGUUCAUUCAACUGCCAGGUUUGUCCCAGAAACACCUAUUCGCAGAAAGGAGCCAAAGAAUGCAUAAAGUGUGCAGAAGACUCCCAAUUUUCAGAGGAAGGCUCCAGCGAGUGUAUGGCCCGCCCUCCCUGCACCACUAAAGACUAUUUCCAGAUCCACACUCCAUGUGACAAAGACGGAAAGACCCAGGUGAUGUAUAAGUGGAUAGAGCCCAAAAUCUGCCGGGAGGAUCUCACAGAUGCUAUUAGGUUGCCCCCUUCUGGAGAGAAGAAGGAUUGUCCACCUUGCAACCCUGGAUUUUAUAACAAUGGAUCAUCUUCUUGUCAUCCCUGCCCUCCUGGAAUGUUUUCAGAUGGAACAAAAGAAUGUAGACAGUGUCCAGCAGGAACGGAGCCUGCACUUGGGUUUGAAUAUAAAUGGUGGAAUGUCCUUCCUGGCAACAUGAAAACGUCCUGCUUCAAUGUCGGAAAUUCAAAGUGUGACGGAAUGAACGGUUGGGAGGUGGCCGGAGAUCAUAUCCAGAGUGGAGCUGGAGGUUCUGACAAUGAUUACCUCAUCUUAAACUUGCAUAUCCCGGGAUUUAAACCACCAACAUCUAUGACUGGAGCCAUGGGGUCUGAACUGGGAAGAAUAACAUUUGUCUUUGAGACCCUCUGUUCCGCUGACUGUGUUUUGUACUUCAUGGUGGAUAUUAAUAGAAAAAGUACUAACGUGGUGGAAUCAUGGGGUGGCACCAAAGAAAAACAAGCUUACACCCAUGUCAUCUUCAAGAAUGCAACAUUUACAUUUACGUGGGCAUUCCAGAGAACUAAUCAGGGUCAAGAUAAUAGACGGUUCAUCAAUGACAUGGUGAAGAUUUAUUCUAUCACUGCCACUAAUGCAGUUGAUGGGGUGGCGUCCUCAUGCCGUGCCUGUGCCCUCGGUUCUGAACAGUCGGGCUCAUCGUGUGUCCCCUGCCCCCCAGGCCACUACAUUGAGAAAGAAACCAACCAGUGUGAGGAGUGUCCACCUGACACCUACCUGUCCAUACAUCAGGUCUAUGGCAAGGAGGCUUGUAUUCCAUGUGGGCCUGGGAGUAGAAGCACUCAGGACCACUCAGUUUGCUAUAGUGACUGCUUUUUCCACCAUGAAAAAGAAAAUCAGAGUUUGCACUAUGACUUCAGCAACCUCAGCAGUGUGGGGUCGUUAAUGAAUGGUCCCAGCUUUACCUCCAAAGGAACAAAAUACUUCCAUUUCUUCAAUAUCAGUUUGUGUGGGCAUGAGGGGAAGAAGAUGGCUCUCUGUGCCAACAAUAUAACUGACUUCACAGUAAAGGAAGUGGUGGCAGGGUCAGAUGAUUACACAGGCUUGGUGGGAGCAUAUGUAUGCCAGUCAACUAUUAUUCCUUCUGAAAGUAAAGGUUUCCGAGCAGCCUUAUCAUCACAGUCCAUCAUUCUGGCAGAUACAUUUUUAGGAGUGACAGUUGAAACUACAUUGCAGAAUAUUAAUAUAAAAGAAGAUAUGUUCCCAGUUCCACCUAGCCAAAUACCAGAUGUGCAUUUCUUUUAUAAGUCUUCUACAACUACAACCUCCUGUGUUAAUGGCCGAUCAACCGCUGUGAAAAUCAGAUGUAAUCCUGCUAAACCAGGAGCAGGAGUGCUUUCAGUCCCCAGCAAGUGCCCAGCAGGUACGUGUGAUGGAUGUGCGUUCUAUUUCCUGUGGGAGAGUGCCGAAGCUUGCCCUCUGUGCACAGAGCAUGACUUCCAUGAGAUUGAGGGAGCCUGUAAGAGAGGAUUUCAGGAAACCUUAUACGUAUGGAAUGAACCUAAAUGGUGCAUAAAAGGAAUUUCUUUGCCUGAGAAAAAGUUGUCAACCUGCGAAACAGUUGACUUUUGGCUAAAAGUGGGAGCAGGUGUGGGAGCUUUCACAGCUGUUUUGCUGGUGGCUCUAACUUGCUACUUCUGGAAAAAGAAUCAGAAACUGGAGUACAAAUAUUCCAAAUUAGUAAUGACGACUAACUCAAAAGAGUGUGAACUCCCAGCUGCAGACAGUUGUGCUAUCAUGGAAGGAGAAGACAAUGAAGAGGAAGUUGUAUAUUCCAAUAAACAGUCACUACUGGGAAAACUCAAAUCCUUGGCAACAAAGGAAAAAGAAGACCAUUUUGAAUCUGUUCAACUGAAAUCUGCAAGAUCCCCAAAUAUAUGAAAAGACAGUGCUGUAGCCUUCAGACUAACGAACAAAGAAACCUACUCUCUAGUUUUACAGGACAUAGUGUAGAUCCUGUCCUCAUACCUGGCACAUUGGUGAUCUCAACGAGGAGGGCCAUGAGCUGAAAAGGGAAGGAGUUUGAAAUGUUUGAUUGCCUUAUCACAUGGUCAAGUAUCUUGCCAAAAAUAGGAAAGCAAAUGGUUUGAGUCUCAACUCAAGAUGAAGCUCAACUCAGGAAGAGAUUUAUCUGUAUAUACACAUAACUGAAAACCAAGGUUAAGCCCACCAAUGCACUGCUGAUGCAUGCCAUAUAAUUAAUGGGUAACUUUUAUUCUUUAUAACUUCUACAUGAAAAGUGUGCUUUGGUGGGCAGGUGUGAGCAUAUGCAUUGUGAUCCCAUUUAUGUCUUGUCUUUGUUUAUAUUUUGGGGAAGAUUUGAAAAAGUUUUUAAGGUAUAAUUAUUUUUCCCAUUAUUUUCCUGAUAGACCUUAAACAUCUUUUCUAUUAAAAUUGGUGAACAAAGAAAGACAAUAAGUUUUUCAUUUCUCCAUGGGGUAUCUUUCUUGAUUUCAGAAGCCUAAGUAGGCAGUACUUUUUUUAGGAAGAGUCAGCAUGUGCUUGGGUUUUCUAAACUUAUAUUUGCCUUUGAAAUUCCAUCCUUGUUGGAACUGGUAAGAAGGGCUUGACUGAAAGCGUUGAAGGAAUCUUAAAAAAAAUAAAGGCAAAGAGAAGCCUUGACUUUCCAUUAAUACAAACAAGAUGACACUAUCAUAGAAGUUGACACAGUUUAUAGAGUGCUUGAAAUAUAAUUUAAAAUGAGGAGGAAAGCUUGUUUGUCAAAUCAUUUGCCAAAUCAUGAAGAAGAAAGUGGGAUGGCUUGUGUAUAAGUACAGAUAACUGUACAAAGAUAUUGGGAUAAUUUUGUGGUCUCCAGAAAAUGGCAUUGGAGCAUUUGCCCUAUGUCAAGCAUCAAAGGUUAUAUGGUUAUUUUUCUGCUAAGACAUUGAGGAUUAUGAGUUCCAUGGAAGUUUUUCUUUUUAAGUCAACAAGGCGGGAAUUCAAUUUUGGAAAAUUGCAUAUGAUUGUAUUCAUAGUAAGACUGUGGUCAUACCAUAAACAGUUAUGAAAGAAGUAUUGUUAUUCUUAUUCAAAAGUGAUCCAGAUAAUUGUGAUAUUUCGUAUGGUGGAUGGAUUGCUAGUAUUAGCACAACUUGAAUGUUAUUUGUUGAAAGAAGUUUGAAUGAAGUUGGAUUUGACCAAUUUUGUGUAGACAUUAACUGUUUUAGAAUUGGGAAAGAGGGGGUUUCCUGGCCAUUGGUGAUCUAAGGUGCUCUGGUUUAUUUCCAAUAAACAGUAAUCUUUAUAGAUCUUAAUCCACAUUUUUAAAUGGACUGGUGAUUGGCUGAGAGAGACAAGGCAUAUGGGCAGGCUUUGUUGAAUGUUUUGCCCUAAGUCUUUCAGUGAGGUAUGACUUAUAACUUUUGAUUUGGCGGGUGAUAUCUUUAUUUUUGUGGAAAAUGGGAGAAAAAUAAAUAAUUGCAUUUAUUUGGCUGGGGUAAAACACUGGACCAUUCAGUUGUUGUUGAAUGAAUGCUUGUUUUGUGUACAUCUUUACUGUUGGAUUCAUGAGUAUAGGUGAGAUUGCCAUUAUUUUACUAUUUGUUGUGAAAUUGGGGGUAGGAGCAUCACUUAGCAUAAACCUUUUUCACAUUUAACUUCUUAAAUCUUAUUAGAAUGAAGAAAUCAUUUUGGCAUUGCUCAUUUUUAUCCUGCUAACAGUGCUGAUGAACCUUUCCCCAUCUUGAUCAAAAUUCAAACAGAAGAAUGAAAAUACAUUUGAAAUGCAUCUUUUCAGAGGAACUCUGGCAAAGUGGUACAGACUGGAUAGAGUCAGGAAGUUUUCACAUAGUCACCUGUCACCUCUCUCUCCGCCUUUGGCUGUGCUCAUCAUGUAUGUUCCAAGCCAUAGAGAUAAUUGGGAUUUGCUCCUAGGUAGCUUCUUUCUUCUACUGUCACUGGACUAAAAUUUCCAACAUGUCAAAAAUGCCUUAAAUUUUAAUGAACUCUCUGAAAAUGUAGUUGGUAUUGAAGAAUUUAUUUAUCUUAUUGCUAAUUUUAGAUAUUAAAUAGAUUUUGUCAGCUCAGUCCCAUCUUUGGAAAGGAGCUACCUUUUUCCUUUGGAUCCCGCUGGUUUGUUAUUUGAAUUGAAGCAUUGAAGAAGUAUGACAGAAAGAAUAUUAUGAGGAAAGUAUUCAGACUAAUUCUGACUAUAAAAUUCACUUAGUUUUAUGUCUUGCUUUUACAGAGCUCAGUGGAAUGUUGAAAGGCAUAAAGAAAUUAAUCACGUUUCUAGGACUUUUAAUUGAUAUUUGUCAUUCCUUUUCCCCUGUAAGUGGUAGAAGUUGCUAUUUUUCCAAAAGGCACAGUUUUGAAACCUUAAAUACUUCAUUAAGUCAACUGUCAUCUAUAAUAUCUCUUAGCACUCUUUCAAAACGUAUUUAAAUCAAUUUUCCACUGGGUGAGACCAUGUCUUCCAUGGAUAAAUUAUAUCAUGCCAUGUAACAAAUUUGAGCGACUUGAUAUGUGUUUACUUGAUUUAAAAGACUGAAUUUUAUUUUUGUUGACUUUUCCCUUCUUUGGUUUACUGGUAAUCAAGUCCUUUCCAGGAUUAAAAAUGUUUCAUAGUA